AUGCAGGAAUUCGAGAUCGAGCCAGCCUUGCUAUCUCAGGCAGCCGGUCAGACAGUCAUUGUAACUGGAGCAGCAAACGGAAUAGGAGCCGUUACCGCGACACUCUUUAACCAUCAUGGUGCAAAUGUCAUCCUUUCUGAUCUUGCCUCUCUCGAGGGGACUGCUGCAGCACUUAUCCAGACAUUUUCUUGGCCCGAAAGGGCAGUUUUUGUUGCUGCCGAUGUCCUCGACUGGGGGCAGAUGAAAAGGCUCUUCCAUGAGACAGUCCGCAUUUUCGGAGAGGUCAACAUUGUGAUCGCUAAUGCGGGGGUGAUGGAGUCACAUCCAGUACUGGAUCUCGACAAUGUUGACGAGAAUGGCGAUCUCAGAGAGUCUACCGAAGGCUUCCGAGUGAUUGAUAUCAAUCUGAAAGGAACCCUGAACACUCUCAGACUAGCGAUGCACCACAUGAGGAACAAACAUCACCCAUCUGGAUCUAUUGUGCUUCUAGCAUCUACCUCUGGGUAUUUUGGAGGCACUGGCGUAGCGGCAUAUGUCGCUUCUAAACAUGGAAUUGUGGGAUUGCUUCGUGCCUCCCAGACCACUGCGCAGCAGUACGGCAUCCGCAUAAACGCCGUUGCUCCAUUUUUCACCCCGACACGAAUCACAGCUGGAUUCUCGGAGAAAUGGCUCGAAGCAGGUCUGGAAGCUAACACACCCCAGCGUGUGGCAGACGUGAUUGGGCAGGUUGCAAUGGAUUCAAACCGAAAAGGGUCCUGUGUUCUAGUUGCCGGGAAUUAUCUUCGUGAGAUGGAAUCCACCAGGACAGGAAUGCUCGCGCCAUGGCUUGGGGAGGAUGUUGCGAAAUUUAUGACCAGCGCGAUGCAAUUUUUCCAAGACAUAGGGGGAUAUGUGCUCCCCAAGUACCAUUAG